AGGAACGACUCCACGCUUGCAGCCAUGACUGCUAAGACUAAGGACUGUCCAUCAUUGUGGGGCUUUGGAACGACAAAAACAUUUAAAAUUCCCAUUGAACAUUUGGAUUUCAAGUAUAUUGAAAACUGUUCAGAUGUGAGACACCUGGAAAAAAUUCUUUGUGUGCUGAGGUCUGGUGAAGAAGGCUAUUAUCCUGAACUCACGGAAUUUUGUGAGAAGCGCCUCACCAUCUUGGCUCCCAGAAGUCGAGCUCUGAGGAAGGACAAGCCCGCAGCGACAGCGGCCAGCUUUUCAGCAGAAGAGUGGGAAAAAAUCGACAGUGAUCUAAAGAGCUGGGUAUCAGAAAUCAAAAGAGAAGAAAAUAUACGACACUUCCAUGACCCUGAGAAACAUCCAGGAGUGGAAGACCCUCUGCCUCCUGUUCGUGGCUCCAACUGCUGUCCUUACAGAGGCAAGGAAACAUAUUCUAAAAGUAAAACAGCUAAGAAGAAGAUUCCAAGGGAUUAUGCAGAGUGGGAUAAAUUUGAUGUGGAAAAAGAAUGUUCCAAGAUUGAUGAGGAUUACAAAGAAAAGACUGUCAUAAACAACAAGGCUCAUUUGUCUAAAAUUGAGACAAAAAUAGAAACAGCAGGUUUGACAGAGAAGGAAAAGAGUUUUCUUGCCAAUCGUGAGAAGGGGAAAGGGAACGAGGCGUUCUACUCGGGGGACUACGAAGAGGCUGUGAUGUAUUACACCAGGAGCUUAUCAGCCCUUCCCACCGCCACAGCCUAUAACAAUCGAGCUCAGGCUGAAAUCAAGUUACAGCGAUGGAGCAGUGCUCUUGAAGACUGUGAGAAGGCCUUGGAGCUGGAGCCUGGAAACAUCAAAGCUCUCCUGAGACGGGCUACCACAUAUAAGCAUCAAAACAAGCUCCCCGAGGCCCUGGAUGACCUGAGAAGGGUGCUGCAGGUAGAGCCUGACAAUGACCUGGCCAAGAAAACCUUGUCAGAGGUUGAAAGAGAUCUGAAGAAUUCAGAGCCUGCCUCUGAGCUCCAAACCAAAGGGAAGAGGAUGGCUAUUGAGGAAAUUGAAAACUCAGGAGAUGAAGGUGGAAAGGGAAGCGGAGAUGAGCGUGAAGAUGGCAGCACAGAUGAGGCGGCCAUGGGCAACAUCCAGAAGAAGCUGAUGAUCCGGAGCGAGGGUAGCAGGCGGUCGCGGCGGAGCCGGACAUCAGGGCCCCGAGCCGAGCAGCAGGGAGGCCUGCGAGAGACUCCAGCGGGUACCGGCGACAAACACCACCCGGAGGAGCCGCGAGCCGCAGACGGUCCCAGCGUCCUUAAGAGCCGCGGCAACGAGCUGUUCCGCGGCGGGCAGUUCUCGGAGGCAGCCGCGCAGUACUCGGUGGCGAUAGCGCAGCUGGAACCCACAGGAAGCGCAAAUGCGGAUGAGCUAAGCAUCUUGCAUUCAAAUAGAGCGGCAUGCUACCUCAAAGAAGGGAACUGCAGGGGCUGCAUCCAGGAUUGUGACAGGGCUCUGGAGCUUCAUCCGUUCUCAGUGAAGCCUCUUCUGCGGCGAGCGAUGGCCUAUGAGACCUUAGAGCAAUACAGGAAUGCAUAUGUGGAUUAUAAAACAGUGCUGCAGAUAGAUUGUAGGAUCCAGCUGGCCAGCGACAGUAUUAACAGAAUAACAAGAAUCUUAAUGGAGCUAGAUGGAUCAAAAUGGCGUGAGAGACUGCCACCCAUUCCUACUGUACCCGCAUCUGAGCCACUGCAAGCUUGGAGCCCUGCUGCAGAGACCCCAGACCAAGAUCCAUGUCCCAACAACUACAGGCCCAGCAUCCCAGAUGAAAAAAUGUUUCAAGCCCUUAAGGAAGAAGGAAAUCAACUUGUAAAGGACAAAAACUAUAAAGACGCCAUUAGUAAAUACAACGAAUGCUUACGGAUUAACAGCAGUGCGUGUGCCAUCUAUACAAACAGGGCUCUCUGUUACUUGAAGCUGGGCCAGUUUGAAGAGGCAAAGCUGGACUGUGACCAGGCGCUUCAGAUAGACAGCAAGAAUGUGAAAGCCUGUUACAGACUGGCGCUCGCCCAGAAAGGACUCCAGAAUUGCCGGGAAAGCAUGGUAGACCCCAGUCAAGUCCUCCUAAGCCCAGAUUCUGGUGAGGCAGCCAGGCACCUGGACACUAAGGAUGACACAGCACCUCCCAGCAAAGAAAGGGAGAGGAAGAGAAUUGAAGUCCAAGAGGUGGAUGACAGCAGUGAUGAGGAGCCUGAGAGACCCCCAGAGGCCUCUGCCACCUCCCCGCCUGCCAAAGAGGGGGUGGAAGACAGGCGGUCUGCAGAACCAGCCGAACAACUUGAGGUCUCCAGGCCCAGGAAUGCCUAUGAGUUCGGACAGGUCCUAAACACUAUCAGCGCCAGGAACGAUUCAGAGGCCUGUGCACGUCUUUUAGCCAUCACUGCACCCAAAGACCUGCCGGUGCUGCUAAGUAACAAACUUGAAGGGGACAUGUUCCUCCUCAUCAUUCAGUCACUGAAAAGCCACCUUGUGGCCAAGGACCCCUCCCUGGUGUAUGAGCAUCUCUUGUAUCUGAGCCGAGCAGAGAGGUUUAAGAUGAUGCUGACACUAAUCAGCAAAGGCCAAAGGGAGCAGAUGGCGCAGCUGCUUGAUGGCCUGUCGGACACACGGGCCAACUGUUUCACUGCAGAGGAUGUCCAGGCCCUACGAAGGCAGUAUGAGCUUUAACUUGGGGUUGCUCAGUUCAAGACAGCAUUGUGAUGGUGUUCCAUGGGUACAGCCACACCCACAAGGAUCCCUGUUUGGACAUCAGAUGUUGUACUUAUUUUUAUAUCCAGAACAUGUAUAUUCUACAAUCUGAUUUUUACUGUAAAUAUUCUCUUCUGUACUAGAGCCAACACCUUUAUAUUUAUAACCAUAUUCAGAACUUGGCAAAUUAUACUCUAACUUAUAAUACA